ACCAACCACACCCCCCAAGCCCCACCAAAACACACAAUUACAGAUAUUUUAUUUCUCAUUAAAGCUCUCAACUUUGAAUAGUAUUAGAAAAAGAAACCAAAAAAUAUUACUAUAUAGUAUAGAAACAACUACAAAACACAAACACAAUAAGCAACCCUUCAAGGCUUCAAUUUCAACCCUUCUCUCUCUCUCUCUCUCUCUCUCUCUCUCUCUCCCAAGCCUUGUUUUUCACUCUUCUAUAUUUCUUCUCCAAUCCCCACCAAAAUCACCCCUAACCCUUUUUUCUCUCAUACUUUGUGCUAGACAGAUAUUUUUUUGGUGACACACAUGGAAAUCAGUUCAAGGCUUCAAGAGAGAGAGAACCACAACCACAGCCACAGUCACAGCCACCCUUCUCCUAUGAACUCUCCAACAAGCAAUGUGAGCAACUGCAUGAGCAGCAGCAACAGCAACAAUGGCAUCCAAAUCCCUACACCACCCCUCACUCCCAAAACCAUCCCCAGAUCUGACUCAAACCCUUACCCUACAACUUUUGUCCAAGCUGACACCUCCACUUUCAAGCAAGUAGUCCAAAUGCUAACAGGCUCAUCAGACACCACAAAACAACAAGAUCCACCACCACCAUCUAGAAACUUCAACAUACCCCCCAUCAAGACCCCACCAAAGAAGCAACAAGGCUUCAAGCUCUAUGAGAGGAGGAACAGCCUCAAGAACAGCCUCAUGCUCAACACCCUCAUGCCCAAUUUUGCUCACAACAACAACAACUCUCCAUCAUCCUUCUCACCAAGAAAGCCUGAGAUCCUCUCCCCAAGCCUUCUUGAUUUCCCUUCCCUUGCUCUUAGUCCUGUCACCCCUUUGAAUGAUGACCCUUUUGACAAAUCCUCACCUUCAUUGGGAAACUCGUCAGAGGAGGAUAAGGCCAUAGCUGAAAAGGGCUUCUACUUGCAUCCUUCCCCCAUGACCACUCCUAGAGACUCAGAGCCCCAGCUCUUGCCUUUGUUCCCAGUUACCUCACCUAGAGUCUCACAAUCACCUUCUUAAGAGAUUGUUUGUGUCCAAGUCCAAGGCUGUGACUUGUGUUGUGGAUGAUUUAGAUAGAGAGAAUGAUUUGAAUGGUUUGUGGUUUCCUCCAUCAACAAGGAAUAAUCAUACAAAAGGCAGAGUGUCUCUUUUGAUUGAGUGUGAUGAAUUCAAUGAAUAAGGCUCUCUUCACAGUGUCUGUGUGUGUGAUUGCUGUGUCACACCUACCACAAGUGGAGUUUGUGUUCAGAUGAAGAGAAUCCAAAGAUGGGAAAAGGAAGACAAGGGAAUGAGGUUGCUUGGAAGGGACACAUGUGUUACUGGAAAUCAGUGUUGGAAAGGACAUAAACCGUAUCCUACGUUGUCAUCAGAUGCACCAAAAAGAAGGUGGGUGGGUUAACUUGGUGAAGGGUGAGAGAGAGGGGUCCCUCUUUUUGGUUAUAUGCCAAUUUAGUCUAAUCAGUCUCUCAAGUGACUCAAAACCCAGAUAAUGUGUUUUUGCUUUUUUUUUUUUUUUUUUUUCUCUUUUGCUGACACCUAUGGGAAGAAAAAAAAAACAUUUCUGUAUCAGUUUUCAUGUACCUAUCUGAUCAAGAAGUAAAGCAAAUACGACUUUUCUUUCUUUG